UGUGGGACCCAAAUUCGAACAAAACUCCUUCGGAUGGUCUUCUAAAACAUGUGUUUGGUCUGAGAAAAGAAUUGUUUCCGAACGUUCGAAUUCUAUUAGCCGUUUUGGCUUACAAAAAAAAGAAGGAAAACAAUUUUAGAGAAUCUUGUGGGGGGGAUUGGGAAUGGGUGAAUCUGCUGUUCUGUUUCAUUCAUAUUCGUUCGGAGCUCCUCCUCUUUCUCGUAAUGAAACUCAUCAGGAUAAUACUAAACAUGCGCUUAGCCAAUCAGUCUCAUUUGGUAGGUUCACGACAGAGAAUCUUGAAUGGGGAAAAUGGUCGAGUUUCUCGCACAAGAAGUAUGUCGACGAGGCAGAGAAGUAUUCUCAGCCUGGAUCCGUUGCUCAGAAGAAAGCUUUCUUUGACGCUCAUUACAAGAAAAUCGCUGAAUCCAAGAAAGCAAAAACUUCUUUAGAUGAAUCAAAACAACAACAACAACAACCAGAAAGUGUUGCGGUGUUGCUAAACACUUUGGAGACAUUGACUAAAGAUGAGGCUAAGGAAGAAGAGAGCGGUGAAACUGAAUUAGUUAGUGAAGAACCUGAAACAAAAUGUGUUGUUGUAGUUUUGGAACAAGAAGACGUUGUGGUGGGUAGCUCGUUAGCUGAACCGGUGACUGAAGAUGAUUUACAAGCUGUUGUUGAAGUGCUUGAUGAAAGGGAAGAGGAUGAAGAAUUGUUGAAGAAGAGCUCCUCUGUUGAAGAAAAAGAAGAAGAGAGAAAAUUUGUAACCAAUAAGUCAUCGGUGUUUCCAUCAGAAACUCCAGACAAAGCAAUGGAGCUUGUUGUCACACAGAAACUAAGCGAGGACUCGAUCAAGAAGAACGAAAAAUCAGUUCGUCCAAGAUUCAGUUUCUUGAAGCUUUUGAUGGGCAGCAGCACUAAGGCUCAACGUCAAAACUCCAAGAAAAAGACUGACAAGAAACCAAACAAACCGUUUCUAUGUCUUUGCUUCAACCCUGAGAUGGUUGGGGAAACAGAAGGGCCAACCAAAACACAGAGGAGGAAUCUCUGAGGAUAAAAGAUAGACUCUUCUCCGCUGGAUUCAAAGCUCUUAGAAAGAUCUGUCCUCAGGAUUCAAGUAUGGUAAAAGAGAAGAGAAUCUUUGAGUGUACAGUAGCUAAACAACUGGAAUACCAAGAAGUUUGUAUUGUAUCUCUAUAAUGAAAGUUAUGUUGUAUGUAUCUUCAUCUUCAGUGAAAUACUUUUUUUUCUUUUUUUGCAAUCUUACAUUCAUUUUAAUA